AUGAGGUGGAGCACUGGUUUGUCUGGAUCCUUCCAGCAAUACGUACUACCUCGCCGGGAUUUUGGCUUUUCCCAUUAUGACGGCAGCCAGAACGUGAAUGUCGCACUGUAUCUGUCGUGGAUUUUAGAGAAUUCCGUUCCAGGAGAUAUCACUGUACCGGGCUUGGGCAGUCCGCCUCCGAAUGUGACAACAUCCAUGCCUUCCACAACUUCCAUGCUUACUACCACUACGGCGCCAGUGACGACAACGAUACCACAGGACAUUUCCGAGGCCUGUGGAAUCCCUCGCAACGGGGGCGUGGAUCCGUUCGGCAUCCUGGGUUUACGAGAGAAAGCAGCAUCCGGCAUGGAGCAUCUCGGGCGGUUACGGGCGACACGCCGGCGCCGCACUCGCGAUGCAGGGGUCGAGCUGGAAGAGCGUAUCAUUGGUGGGACUGAUUCGUCGCCGACGGUCGUGUGCUGGCAGGCGUUCGUGGUGGUCAAUCAAGGAAACGGGACAGAGGUUACUUGCGGUGGCGUUAUUCUGGGGUCGUGGACCAUCUUGACAGCAGCGUCGUGCAUGGUGUACCCAAAUGGAACAGCCAAUCGUGAUCCAUCAGUUUACACUGUUACCGUGGGCGCGUUGGACAACGAUGCGCCGUUUAGCAACAGCAACGAUUCGACUGGGUGUGCGCAAACGUUUUCCGUGCAAAAAGUCUUACCACAUGAGGAUUUCUAUGCGGGAACAUUCGAUAACGAUAUCGGAAUUCUCAUUUUGAGCAACCCAAUUGACCUGGCUCAAAAGGCAUGUGCCUGCCCGAUUUGCCUGAUGGACCGCGUGCCAGGGCCUAAUGACCGGUGCGUCUUGAGUGGUUACGGAGUGGAAGGCAAUGACAACGACACCUCUCAACGGACGACAGUCCCGCUGAAAUGGGUCGUACAGAAAAUUAUUCUGCAGUCCAACACGUGCCAAUCAGUUUGCGAUAGGUUCAGCCAAUGCACCAAUCGCAGCAAUUUCAUUUGUAGCCAGGGUCUAUGGGGACAGGAUCAGUGUACGGGAGACAGUGGUGGCCCGCUGUUUUGUUACGACUCCACCCACAGCAACUACUACCUGGCGGGAGUGAUUGCGUUCCCAACGAGCUUCUGCGGGGCCGGUCUCGGUGGGCAAAGUGUGCUGGUGGCGCGCUAUCUGCAGUGGAUUCUGGAUCACACGGUUACGGGUGAUGUUCAAGUACAGAAAGUGGAUGUCUUCACAACAACCACCCCUUUUCAACACACUACAACGUACCCGCGCUACCCAACCACCCCGAAGUACGAAUAUUAUGGCUUAGGCAAACUGCAUCUAUGGCCCUAG